AUGGCAGUGAUGAGAAUAAGAAGGAUGAGGUGUUUUUGUGUGUGGUCGAUGCCCUUCUUGGUGGCCGCGGUGUGCGCGCAAAGUAUCAGCGACCCGAGCAACAUGUCUCUGGUGAAAGAGACGGUGGACAGGCUGUUGAAAGGUUAUGACAUCCGACUGAGGCCAGAUUUUGGAGGUCCUCCAGUCGGCGUAGGGAUGAAUAUAGACAUCGCCAGCAUCGACAUGGUAUCAGAAGUCAAUAUGGACUACACAUUGACAAUGUACUUCCAGCAGGCUUGGCGAGACAAGCGGCUAUCCUACUCCGAGAUCCCCCUCAACCUGACCUUAGAUAACCGGGUGGCUGACCAACUCUGGGUGCCUGACACCUACUUCCUCAAUGACAAAAAAUCAUUUGUCCAUGGUGUCACCGUGAAAAACAGAAUGAUCCGACUGCACCCAGACGGAACUGUACUGUAUGGUCUAAGGAUCACAACUACUGCUGCUUGUAUGAUGGACCUGAGACGAUAUCCACUGGAUGAGCAAAACUGCACACUGGAGAUCGAGAGCUAUGGAUACACCACAGAUGACAUUGAGUUCUACUGGCGAGGAGGGAAGAAUGCUGUGACAGGAGUGGACAAGAUAGAACUGCCCCAGUUCUCCAUUGUGGAUCAUAAGCUAAUUUCCAAGAAUGUUGUCUUCUCAACAGGUGCUUACCCUCGCCUAUCCCUGAGUUUUAAGCUGAAGAGAAACAUUGGCUACUUCAUCUUGCAGACUUACAUGCCUUCUAUCCUUAUUACCAUCCUCUCCUGGGUCUCAUUCUGGAUCAACUAUGAUGCCUCUGCUGCUAGAGUGGCUCUAGGUAUUACCACGGUGCUCACCAUGACUACUAUUAACACCCACCUGAGAGAAACGCUUCCAAAAAUCCCCUACGUGAAGGCCAUCGACAUGUACCUCAUGGGCUGCUUUGUCUUUGUCUUCUUGGCUCUGUUGGAAUAUGCCCUUGUGAACUACAUUUUCUUUGGACGGGGGCCUCAACGUCAGAAAAAGGCAGCUGAAAAGACAUCGACAGCCAACAAUGAAAAGAUGAGAAUGGAUCCAAACAAAUGGCUGGUGGGGAGUGUGGUUGGCCGAGAUGAUACUCUGUAUGCAAGAAUGAAACAAAGGGAACUCGAUACUCACGACUCGAUGUGGGAACCAAUCUUUAUGGACGAUGCAGCACUCGGACUGGCCGAUCAAAAGAACAGGAUGGACCCACAUGAAAACAUCCUGUUGAGCACCCUGGACAUUAAGAAUGACAUGGGCGUUUCAGAGCUGGCUCUGGGUCUCAAUGACCCACGAAAUACCAUGCUGACAUACGAUUCUACUCUGCAAUACCGCAAAGUGGGGCUAGCUAGGCACAACUUUGGCCGAAAUGCACUGGAGCGUCACAUGACUCAAAAGAGGAGCCGGCUACGGAGGCGCACUUCACAACUAAAGAUCACCAUCCCAGACUUGACUGAUGUAAACUCUAUUGACAAAUGGUCAAGGAUGAUCUUCCCUACAGUCUUUUCCUUCUUCAAUAUUGUUUACUGGCUGUACUACGUGAAUUAAAAAAAACAAAACAAUGGCACUAGUGAGGGCAAGAACAAACUAAAACUUUGCUCUUCAGUUCUUCUUUGUGUCUAGUUUCUUUCUCUUUUUUGGUGAUCCCGCAAAAGUGGACUGAAAUGCCACCCUAAAUACUAAUUAAUCAUCAUGUGUACACACCACAUUUGCCAGUAAACACCCGAAACUUUGUAGAAAGAGAGAAUAUAAACAUUUAAGGUGCCUGUUUAUGAUAAAAUGUUUCAAGUUUGAAAAGUUUUGUGAUUUCUGUAUCCUGUCUUUUUUUAUAUUUGUUUGAAUGGUUUGUUUUCUUUGCUAUAUUUACAUUAUAUACAGUACAAUUCAUUGUCAAAAUAUCAGUUGGAUACUCUUAACAAAUUGUUUUUAAGACUGUAUUACUGGAAGCACUUAAACACUGAUGUACAUUUCAGGUAAAAAAAACAAAAACAAAGGGGUGUUUUCUGGGAUUAAACAAUAUAUAUUGAUAGAAUGGAUUUGAUAUUUAAA